AACGGAGUUUACCUUCACCAAAACGUUGAGGAGCGGAGAGACCGUGAGGCACGACCAGACCUACAACAUAGAGCCGGAGAGCGAGGUGUCCACCACUGCUGAAGAUUAUUCCUCAGAGGAGGAAGUGGAGUCCCUCCAACAGGUGACGAAGGGAGGUACGAUGCAGGACAUGGAGGACGCUUUGGCGGCUAAGACCCAGGCUGUCGAGGAGCUGAGUCGAGAGCUGGAGGAAAUCAGGUCUGCCUUUGGUACAGAAGGUGUACAGCAGCUGCAGGACUUCGAAGCAGCCCUGAAACAGCGAGAUGGCAUCAUCACCCAGCUCACAUCUAACCUUCAGCAGGCUCGUGAAGAGAAAGACGAGAUCAUGAAAGAAUUCCUUGCGCUGACAGAACAAAGCCAAAAACUGCAAAUUCAGUUCCAGCAGCUGCAGGCAGGCGAGACGCUGAGGAAUACCAGCCACAGCAGCACUGCAGCUGAUCUUCUGCAGGCCAGACAGCAGAUUGUUCAGUACCAACAGCAGCUGGAGGAGGUCAAUGUUGAGGUCAGAAGGCACCAGGAGAGGAGCAGUGAACAGCUGGAGAGCAUGAGCCAACUCCAACAGAAGCUCAGUGAAAUGGAGAUGUCAGGGAGAGGAUCAGAAGAAUCCUUCACACAAAGGAUAAAUGAAAAGGACCUGCUGAUUGCUGAACAAGAGAAAAUUAUUUUUAGUCAUGAGCAGUCGUUGACAGACUUAAGAACAGCAGAGGAGUCUUUUGCACAAAUACUGAAAGAGAAAAGUCAGAUAAUUUCCGAGCAAACUGCAAUAAUCACAGAGCACGAGCGGUCAUUAACCCUGCUCAGAGAGGAACUCGCGCAUGUGGGAAGGACUACAGAUGAGAAUAUUAUACAGCAGUCAGAUGAGAAAGACCUCAUUAUAGCAGAGCAAGGGAGAGUCAUUUCAGAACGUGACUGCUCUCUUAUGCAGCUCGAGGAUGAACUUGAGACCUCUGAAAAACGCCUGUGUGACCUCCAACAGCGAAUGGCUACAAAGGAGUCUGAACUUGAAAGAUGCCUGGAUGAGUUGGAAAGCACGAAAUCUGACUUAGAAAAUUGUAAAAGUGAAAUCGAAAGUUGUAAAUUACAAUUAGAGAAAGAGCAGUUUGAGCUAGAAAGCUGUAAGGGUGAACUUGCAACAUCGAGGCAGAAAGAGCGAAUGUCUUCUAAUGAAAUCAUGCAGCUCAUGGGCACAGUUGAAGAUCUGCAGAAGCGUUGUCAUCAGGGCAGCAUGUCUGAGAGCGACACCAUCCAAAAAAUGCAGGAAGAGACUGUGAGGAAGCUCGAGCUUCUCAGGGCAGAGCUGGAUGAGAUGUACGGUCAGCAAAUAGUCCAAAUGAAGCAGGAGCUUAACUUGCAGCAUGCAGCAAGAGUGCAGCAAAUGAAUGAGCAGCAUCACGCUGAGCUUGAGCUUCUAAAAACGCAACUCUCUCAAAGUUCCACUGGCAAGGCUGCUGAAGUGGAAACUCUCAUUGCCAAGAUUAGGGAACUUCAAGAGACAUUAGAUCAAUCUCAAGCAAUGCAUGAUAAAGCCAGACAUGAGCUGAGCCAAGUAGCCCAAGAAAAGGUCAACCUGCAGGCCAAGGUUGAAGGUCUUCUUCAAGAUCUCCGUUCAGCUAAAGCUAAAGUGGAGCAGGUCUCCCACAGUCUUAUCUCUCAGGAAAGCCAACAAGGUGAACUGCAACGCCUCCAGGAGACCAUUGACAAUCUGAAGAGUGAGCUUUCUGCUGCUCAGGAAGCUGCGCAAGAAGUGGAAGCAAAACACGAAUCAGAAAUAACCAAUUAUAAGAUCAAGCUGGAGAUGCUGGAGAGGGAGAAGGAUGCUGUGCUGGAUCGUAUGGCAGAGUCACAGGAAGCAGAGCUGGAGCGACUGAGGACUCAGCUUCUGUUCAGCCACGAGGAAGAACUCACGCUGCUUAGGGAAGAACUGCAAAGAGAGAGCUUCAUGAACGCAGAAAACCUUCUCAAUGAGGCUGCUAUCAAACACGAGAAAGUGCUGGAUGAACUGCGCAUUGGUUACGAAGAGGAACUUCAUUUGUUGAAAAAAGAGAAGGCAAGUUUUGCCAGUGAGCGAGAUGAACUUUUGCACCAAAUUCUUGGGCUUAAAGAGGAUCUGAAGCUGGCUUUGCACACCUCCAAAGCAGAUGAGCUUGUCCAGCAGCUCCAAGAGCUUCAAAUAGAGCUUGAAGAACUUAGAAAGGGAGGAGAUGAGCGAGUUAGAAUGGAGAACGAAAAUCAGACAUUACUGAAAAAAAUAGAGGUACUUGAAAACCAGACAAAAGACAAAGAACAAUGUUGGGAGAGCACACUGACAGAGCAUGAACUGGCAAAGGAGACACUAAUCGAGUCUAAUAACAUUUUGAAAGAAGAGUUGGACUCGAAAAAUAUAAAGAUUGAAACACUCACAGCAGAGAGAAAUAAAAUACAGCAACAAGUAGCUGAGCUUCGUGAGGAAAUUGAAAAGCAGAGGAAUACUUUCUCUUUUGCUGAAAAGAAUUUUGAGGUGAAUUAUCAUGAGCUGAAGGAAGAGUACACGUGUCUCAUUGAGGCGAAGACGCAGUUAGAAGAGAGGACGCUGAAGGAGACGCUUGAGUUUGAGGUGAAAAUUGCCAGUUUGCAGUCACAGAUCCGAGACCUGGAGGAGGGCGGCAGACAUAUCGAAGUGGAGGACACAAGUACAGACGGUGAAGCUUUGAUAGAAAAGGAUUCUACUGAGCUUAUGGAGAAGCUCAAUGUUACUUUGAGUGAGAAGGAAAGCCUGGCUGGAAGGCUUUCUGAAGUUACAGAGCAACUGAUGUUUACUGAGAGCAAAGCGGGACAGCUGGAAGAAGAGCUGAUGAAAGUAAGACAAGAAAACACGAAGGUCAUCGCCCAGAAUGAAAGCCUGGGGAAGGAACUGGAAAAGAGGCAAGAGAUUAUGCAGGAGCAGAUGAGAGGGAAGGGUGCCCAGAGAAAAGCUAAGCUCCAGCAUGAAGAGAAGACUGUUGAGGCAGUUUGUUCUGUGGAGGAUCAUCACCUUCAGAUUCAGUCUUUGCGAGAGGAGGUAAAGGCUCUUCAGUCCUUCUUAAGAGCGGCUGAAGAAGAGAGAGACAACAUCCGGCAGACUCUGGAGCUUCACAGGCUUUCGCAGACUCCAUCCCCGGCAGCAGUGCUGUCCUCGGGGGAGGGACCUGUUGAAGGACGAUCCUCCCCGCUCAAGUCCACAGCCUCAGGGUCAAGCAGGCGCAAGAGACGGCAGAGGUCGAGGCAGGAGCGCAAAGUGGGCACCGCUCUUUCUGACAGCAAGGAAGAAAGGCAAGGGGAGGAGGUAGAGGAGGCACUGGUGGAAGAAGAGAGAGCUAGAAGUGCUGCAGAGGAGGAGAUGCAGCCUCAGAUGGAGAGCCAGGUUAUGUCAUGUUCACAGGAGAGGGCCGGUAAGGAGGACUCCACUGACGGGUACCAGGGAGACGGAGGCAGAGGCUGCAUCAACAAAGAGGUGAGCAGACAUGGGACAGGCGGCCCAGUCGUGUAUCAGAGAGAAGGAAAGGAGGGACAGACUACUGAGCAUGGUGAUUGCAGGCUGCACAUGGAGGCCCAACGCCUCAGCCUGUCUCAGAUCCAUGCCGCCCAGCUGGAGCUCCUGCAGGAGGAGACGGACGCUCGCUCACAGUCUCUGGAGCUGGAGCUGCAGGGCCUGAAAGACCACAGCGACCACGAUGGACGUAAAAUCUUCAAGUAUCAGAACAUGAUACAAGCAGUGUCAGAAGAAUGCAGUGAGAUCCUUCUGUCUUUUCAGAACAUAUUUGGUGAAAGGUUUUUGGAGAGCGUCGAUGCAGAGGAAAGACCAGCAACUAGUGAAUCCACCCCCGUUGUCCUGGAGGCCAGAGAGCUGUACGGAGCUCUGCAGCAGCUGAGGGAGAAGAUUGAGCAGGAACAUCAUCGACUCUCACAGCUCCAGGCUCUGCUGAGAGCCGAUGGGAACAAGAUAAGUGAGCUGCAGAUGGCAUACGAUGAGCUGAAGAGCAGCAGUGAGAAGGAAAUUUCUGACCUGCGUGUGCAAGUUGCCACCUUCAGCCCUUCACCAAGCAAAGAUCUGAAGGAGCUGGCCUGUGCAUCGAGCGUGCCUUCGAUAGAUUUACAGAGGCUGAAGGCCGAGGCUCAGGAGAAGCAGCUCCAGCUGGAGGAGAGUCACAAACAAGAGAUGGAGCAUCUCCGAGCCCAUUACCAGCAGCAGGCCACGGAGUCAGAGGAACGCUACGCCACCGAGCUAUUUAUGCUGCAGCAGCGCCUGCAGGAGGUCACGGGCGCUCAGACCUACCACAGCCGGUCCAGCGUUCCAGCGUCCAGCUCUGAGUGGAUGGAGGAGGAGCACACAGAGGAAGUAAAGGACACGAGUGAGGAGGAAUUAUCAGCGGGAGGUGAAGAGCAGCGCUGGUCUGGCGGGUCUCCUGGUCUGACAGCACAGCUGCAGGCGCUGAGGAAAGCUCUCUACCACAAGUACGUCCAAGAAGUCACCGCUCUCAAGGAGCAGCACAGCAGUGAGCUGAGGAGGCUGAGAGAAGAAAAGGAACAGGAGGGGAAAAGAGAGGAGUGUCAGGGAGACGGAGGAGAGAGAGAACAGGAUCUCAGCGGGAUCAACGGCGCUGGAGGCUCCACAGAGAGCCUCGAGGGGAGAGUGGAGGAGGAAGUGGCAAAGGCCAUAGUUCAGAUGUCUGUGGAGUUUGCACAGCAGACCGAGCUGGCUCGAAUCAACAAACGCGCCAGCCAGACGAGCACCUCCAUGCAGACCCAGUCCGAUGAAGAGGAUGUGGAUGACAGGGAGGCAGAGGAGCACACUCCCAGAGCUUCCCCCACCUCAGGCGCCUGGCUGGAGGAGGUGGAGAGGGAGAGGCUGGAACGGGAGCUGGAGGACAGGAACGCCGAGAUCAGAAAGUUAAAGGAGGAACUGCAGAAAACCGAAUCGGCACCUAAGCAGGCCUUAAAGACAGGAGAUGAUGGCGAAGGAGAAGUUGAGGAAGAGGAAGAUCUGGGCGGGACGAGAACAACGCAGGCUGGUGGAAGCAAAUUGUCACUGCAGGAUGAUGGAGAGUUGUCUGACAAAGAUACUGAAAGAAACUUGCUGCGUAAAGCCAACAAGAAGCUGAGUCAGGUGCUGGUUGACGUCUUGAAGACCACGGCGGCAGCAGAGGAAACUAUGGGUCUCCACAUGCAGAGUUUGCGUGACGCUUCCAGUGGAGUACAGCCUCCUCACCCCUCCUCACAGAGAGCAGCAAAGCAGAAAGAUUGCUCAGCAGAAAGCUUCCAGGGCAGUGAGACCGGUGCAGACGAUGCAAGUGUUUGGUCUGGGGAGCUGGAGACUGACGAGGGUCUGGAGAUUUCUCAGCAGAUGAUAGACAGUCUGCUGCUUGGAGCAGGACCACAGCUGGAGAAUGAGGAAUAUUUAAUGGGCAUCAGCAGCCGACUUCAGACGGCUCUGGAGAAGAUGUUGGUGGCGAUCACGGACACCACGAACCAGCUGGAACAUGCCCGGAUGACCCAGACCGAGCUGAUGCGGGAGUCCUUCCGACACAACCAGGAGAUAAAUGAGCUGCUGCAGAAGCAGGAGGAGCUGCAGGAGAGGCUGUCGGAGGAGGCUCGGACUCGGGAGCAGCUGGCUCUGGAGCUUCACCGCGCUGAGGGUCUGAUCGAUGGAUACACGGGUGAACGGGCUGCGCUGGAGGAGCAGUUGCGUCAGAAGGAAGAGCUCCUGCUGAGCCUCGAGCAAGAGCUGCAGGUAACAAGUAGUCGGCUGCACGAGUUGGAGCAGGAAAGGCUUCAGAUGCAGGAAGAGCGCGAGCUGCUGUCACGGCAACAAGACGCCAUGAGGGAGAACGCCGGGCCCCGUGAGCUUCGCCUAGUUGAAGCUGCAAUGGUUGCAGCACCUGAAGCAGACCUGCUGGAGGAGACGGAGAAGCUGAUGAAGGAGAAGGUGGAGGUCCAGCGGCAGGCGGAGAAGGAGAACGCCGACCUCCUGAAGCAGUUGAAGCUGCUGGAGGUGGAGCUGGAGGAGCAGGUCAACAGGGUGAUCGAGCUGGAGCAGGUUCACACCACAGAGAGCGGAGACCUCCGGCAGCAGAUCCAAGCCCUGGAGAAACAGCUGGAGAAGAACAGGAGGUUCCUCGAUGAACAAGCGGUGGAUCGAGAACACGAGAGGGAUUUCUUCCAGCAGGAGAUCCAGAAACUGGAGCAGCAGCUGAAGAGUCCACAGAAGCUCCAGAGCGGCUCUGAGCAGAGAAACCAAGAGGUGGACCAGCUGACCUCCCAGCUGAAGGAGAAGGCGGAUUGGUGCAGUGAGCUGCUGCUCAGCUCCGAGCAGCUGCGUCGUGAGUUGGGAGAGCGCGACGAAGAGAUUGACAAGCUGGAGAGCCGCAUCCGCGAGCUGGAGCAGGCCCUGCUGGCCAGCGCUGAGUCCCUGGAGAAGGUCGAACAGAAAAAGCAGCAUGCAUCCGUCACCGAGGCGAGACACUCCACACUGGAGGCUCAGCUCCAAACGGAGAGAGAAGCUCUGGAGCGGAAAGAGAAAGAGAUCUGUAAUCUGGAGGAGCAGCUGGAGCAGUUCAGGGAGGAGCUGGAGAACAAGAGCGAGGAGGUGCAGCAGCUUCACAUGCAGCUGGAGAUCCAGAGGAAGGAGAUAAGCAGCCAGCAGCAAUACCUGGAAACACGAGAGAGUAUCCUGCAGGUGAUGGAGGAGAAGGACAGGGAAAUAGCACUUCUUAAUGAACAGAUCACUAAGCUUCAACACAUGGAAACAGCCUCUGAUAACAAGGAAAUGGAUGAGAGGGAUGAGCUGAUAAAAGACCUGGAGUCCCAGGUUGAGUGCCUGCGGAGCGAACAGGAGCGCUUGAAGAGGAACAACGAAGAAGAGCUCGACCAACUGAAUGCAGUCAUUGACAAACUUCAACAGGAACUGGCCAAUAUCGAGCAAAAACAGCCUCCGGAGGAAGACGAGGACACCAAGGAUGAGCCAGAGGGCGACUCCUUGGGGCCGAGUAAAGAGGAAUACGAUGAAAUGAAGCAGAGGAUGGACCAGGCCACCAAGGAGCUGGAGACACUGAAAACAGAGCACAGUAAGCUGCUGGAGACGUAUCUGCGCUUGAAAGAGAGCGCAGAAGCCUUAGCUGAAACAGAAAAACUCGAGAGCUCAGAGGGCGAGCUUGAAGAAGUUCUGAGAGAGAAAACUGCAGGACUUGUAGUCAUGCAGGCCCAAGUUCAAGCUCUGGAGCAGAGCGCAACAUCCAGAGUGGAAGAGUUAGGCCUCCGAAUCCAGCAGCUCGAGGACUUGGUUGGUGAGAAAGACUCUGAGAUCAGCCGCUGUCGCCUGCUUUUGGAGCAAGCUAAAAGCUCUGCAGAUGGUCUCCAGCAGAAGGUCUCUAAGCUGGAGGAAAAUCUGAGGGAAAAAGUGGCUGCAGCGCUGGUCAGCCAGGCAACGCUGGAGGCCUUCCAGCACCAGCAGCAGUCAGUGGAAUCAAAACAGGAGCAGGGUCAGGAUCUGCAGAGACGUGCUGAGCCCCUCAUUUACAACUUUGGUGACUUUGGUAUUCCCAAACUGGAUUUCAGUGCCAUGGGUCAAGCGAAACACGUCCCCACGGGGAAGGUGGUUUGUCUGACGCAGAAGCUUCGGGAGCUGGAGGUCGGACUGAGUGGGAUUCAGAAAGACCAGGAGCUCCAGAAGCAGCUGCUCUCCAGCUCUGAGGAGGAGGUGGUGGAGUACGAGAAGAGGCUGGCUGUGCUCAUGGAUCUGCUCAGUCAGAUGAAGGCAAAGACGCACAAGAAGACGUCGUCGUCCCUGGAGACCUCCUCUGAUGACCAACCUACAGCAGCGGAGCUUCUUCGGGAGUUACAGGAGGUCAGAAAAGAGGCCUCGACCACCAAAGAGCAGCUCGGCAGCUACAAGGAGAGCUGCAGCAAACUUCAGGAGGACCUCCGGGAAAAAAACGCAACAACAGUGAGACUCCAGGACCAGCUUCAAAAGGUGUCAGCUAGCGGCAGUGAAGAGACGAAGGUGUCUGAGCUGGAACAAGCACUGAUGGAGGCUCAAAGAGAGGCAGCUGCCACCAAAGAAGAGCUGAACAGCUGCAAGGAGAGUUUGGAGAAACUACAGGAGCUGCUGCAGGAGCGGGAAAUGACCAUUGCUCACCUUAAAGGAGAACUAUUCCAAGUAAAAGCUGAAGAAGACAGAGCCGACACGACGGGGCUCAUCCAACAGCUCGAGGAGGUCAGAAACGAUGCGGCUUCCACCAAAGAAGAACUCAGCAGCUACCGGGAGCGAAAUGAGAAACUUCAAGAGGACCUCCGAGUCAGUAAAGUCUCCAGUUCUAAAGUCAAAGAGGAGCUGGAGGAGGUGAGAAAGAGCGUGGACACCACCAAAGAAGAGCUCAGCAGCUACAAGCAGCACAAUGAGAAACUCCACGAGGAGCUGCACAGCCGUGAACUCUCCAUUUCUAAGCUUAAAGAGGAGCUGCAGGAGGUACAAACAGCCUUGAUGAAAACGGCAGACUCCAGCCCUCCAACUCCUUCUCCAUCUCCUUCUCCUCAGCCUCCUUCCUCCACUUCUUCCUCCUCAACUACACAGCCCAAAAGGAAAGGAAGCAAACAGCCGGCCAGUAAGGGCAGCAGUGCCAAAGAUAAACCAGCUGUCUCCAGGAAAAACUCUGCACCUUCCAGCCAGUCCUCCACCAAAUCUCACAGCUCGCGGCUAAACAGCAGCUCAGAGCAGCAGCAAGUGGCCGUUACAAACUCGUUCACACAGACCGAACCUCUGCAAAUGUCUGAUCUCAGUGCGGACAGCAAGUCUGCCACCAAAGAGGAGGUGGAGGAAGUGAUCGGGGAGUUCGAGGAGAAGAUUGUGCAGAUGCAGGAGCUGCAUGCAGCAGAAAUCCUUGACAUGGAGGCUCGGCACAUUUCAGAGAGCGAGAACCUUCGCAGAGACACUCAGGCGCUGGAGGACGAGUGUAAAGCCCUGAAGGCCAUCAUCGACAAACUGCGAUCAGCUGAGGCUCCUGCAUCAAGACAAGACCGUCCUACGUCACAAUUCAAAGAUGGCUACACCAGCGACAGCAGCUCAGACUACAGCCAGAGGACUGGAUAUGACCUACCGAGCUUGCAGCAGGAGUUCAGGACGACUCCAGAGGGCGCCAGGAGAGAAACAGACGACGCUCUGCCUGACCGGAUCAAGACGUUGCUCCGUGAGGUGCACCAGGAAGGCAUGCAGGUCCUCUCUCUGUCGGAGCUUCCUCUCUCUGAAGGCGAACCCAGCGGCCAGUUCAACGUCCAGGGCUGGAUGAAGGAGAGAGACGCCCUGCUGGCGACUGUGGAGUCUCUGAAAAGCCUCAUCAGCCAGAUGCAGACGCACAGGGAGACGCAGACGCCGGGCGGUGUUGACUGGCGUGGGGAGCUCCUGGAUGCAGUCCGUCAGGUGUUUGCAAAGGAGCGGAGUGUUCUGAAACGCGCCCUCUACAGCCAGCUGGACCUGCUCGACACCAGUGACGCCAUCAUUCAUCUCAAUCAGCUGGAGCAAAGACUGGCUGAACAGGACGCCCAGCACAGAGACGCCAUGGGUUUACUCCACUUUUCAGAAAGGUCAAGUCUCAUCUCUGAGAUUCAUCAGCUCCGUGGUCAACUGGAGCAACUUCAUCAAGGCGUCCAGCCCGGCCUCUCGCUCGCCGGUGAAUGUAGCAUGAAGGAGCAGAGGGAGGGAGGAGGAGCCGGCGGAGCAGUGGAGGUGGACAGAUUUCUCGUAGAGGAGCUGAAGAGUGAACUCUCCCAGACUAAACUAGAGCUGGAGACGACGCUCAAAGCCCAGCACAAGCACCUCAAAGAGCUGGACACUCUCAGGGCAGAGGUAUCUCAAAAAGCUGCAGAGGUGGAUGCACUAAAUGACCACCUGACAGAGGAGAGGAAGAAAAUCAGAGAUCUGCAGUGGACCAUGGAGAAGGAGAAAUGUCGAACCGGGAGAUCGGAGGAGAGCAAACGAGAGGAACUGGAGGACCUGCACAUGGUUAUAGAGGAGCAGAAGAACCACGUAGCCCAUCUGAACCAGACCCUGGUGCAGGAGCGGCAGGCCUCCUCUCAGCUCUCCCAGCAGGCUGAACAGGAGCGGCUCGGCCUCCACAGACGGCUGCAGGAGCUCCAGGUCCAGCUGGAGACAGAGCGAGCCAAAGCCCAGGAGAUGAGCACCGCGCUGGGGAGGGAAAGGGAGCUGAGGACCAGCGUCUCCUCUGACAGCGGUCCGUCCAACGAGGAGCGGGUUCAGGAGGACGGGAGGAGCCCCGGAGAGGAAGGGAGUCUCCUGGAAAGACUGCAGAGGGAGCUGGAUGAUAAACAUGCACAGGUGGUGGAUCUCCUCAGUCAGGUGGAGGUCCAGAGACUCGAGGUGGUACGAAAGGAGGAGGAGCUAACUCUGGCGAGUCAGAAGUCUGGACGAGACCAGGAGGCGCUGCUGGAGGCUCGAGCUCAGCUGGAGAGGCUGGAGGUGCAAAUGUCAGAGGUCCAGGAGCAGCUGGAGAACGAGCUGGACAGGAGGAGGAGCCUGGAGGAAGAGAAGGAGAGACUGGAGGAGAGGCUGAACCAGUUUGGACCGAGGGAGGUGAGUGGAGCUCUGCAGGCUGGUGGCCAGAGUGACGCCAUCUGGCAGAGUGAGUCCACUGAUCUCACCAAAGACUGGGUUUUCCAGCAGCAGAGUGGAAAUGUUCACCCAGGGAGCUCCAGCGCUUCUCCUCAGGUGGAAGUCUCUCCAGCAGGCCUCUCCAGCGGCCUACACCACGGCCCCUGGCGCACAGUCGACAAGAUUGUGGGCAAACUUCACCUAAUUUCCUCAAAGAUCCGCAGCAUGUCCAGCAACACCACUGGCAGGCCGACUGCAGAGGUCGACAGUGAGGAGCUGUCCUGGAUCCAGUCUGGUGUUGAUGAGGUCAUCACUAUGCUGCAGCAAUCCCCAGGUCUACCCUCUGUCCCUGAGAGCGUGUCCCUGCUGGCAGGAGGCUCCUCCAGCUCCUCCAACACCCUGACGGAGCGGCUGCUGAGGCAGAACGCCGAGCUGACAGGUUUCGUCAGCCGUCUGACCGAAGAGAAGAACGAUCUGAGGAACCACACGCUCCGCUUGGAGGAGGAACUGCGACGCUACCGGCAGGCUGGACUUGGAUCUGGUGACAGCUCCAGCAGGAGAGGAACAUCAAAGAUGGACUCGGCAGGUAUGAUGUUCUCUCAGGAGCGGGAAGCUUGGACUCGGGAGAAGUUCCGUCUGGAGAAAGCUUUACAUCUGGCUCAGUCCCAGGUGGCCCGACUCAGGACAGAGAUCCGGUCCGACACUCUGAGAGAGAUCACCGGGCCUGAGGCCGACAAUGCUGCACUGAAGAGGAUGUAUGGGAAAUACCUGAGGUCAGAAAGCUUCCGCAAAGCUUUGAUCUACCAGAAGAAGUAUUUGCUGUUACUGCUGGGCGGUUUCCAGGAGUGUGAAGAAGCCACGCUGACGCUGUUGUCCAGGAUGGGCAGCCGGCCAUCGCUCUCUAGCCUGGAGUCCCUCAGCCAGCGCCGCCGGGGUUUGAUGCGCUUCCGCUCUGCUGUGCGAGUCUCUAUCGCCCUCUCCAGAAUGCGUUUCCUCGUGAAGCGAUGGCACAGGGCGACAGGGAUGAGCUCCACAACCUCCUGCAGCAUCAACAAGAACGGAACAGGACAGACUUUAGGUUCAGAGGUGAGGGACUCGCCGUAUCUUCAUCCAGGCAGUGUGGAGAUGUACAGAGAAAGAGGAGGUGCAGGAGGAGGAGGAGGAGGAAUCUCCAGCAGCAGAGGCAGAAGUGGACGUGAAUCCCCCCGAUCGGCCGCCUCCUCCACACAUCACAGGUAUCAUCUGGCCGGAGACCACGGACCUCUCACCUGUUCCCACCUGCAGAGCUACGACCCCGACCGAGCGCUCACCGACUACAUCUCCAGACUGGAGGCCCUGCAGAGGAGGCUGGGCAGCGUCACAUCAGGUGCUUCUUCAUAUGCUCAAUUGCACUUUGGCUUGAGAAGAUAGAUGCUGACAAGUUAAACUUUGGCUUGAAGAAACUCAGUUGCCUUUUCUCGUGCUGAGCGCUCUGCUGUUUUCUAUCAUACUGGUGUGGACUGUAUCUUUCCAUGUGGACCAAAACACAUUUUUUUAUUAGUGUACGACAUUGUAUCAGGCUUUUUGUCGCCAGCACUUGAAAAACAGCUAUGUUUGUAAUUUAAUCUGCCUCUUUGUUGUGGAUGAUCUACAAUCGUGUAUAUUUGUCUAAUGCUAAUUUAAGACUUUGUGAUUAAUUUAUAUGUUUGUGUUGUAUGGGUGGAGCGUUCUGUAGAGAAUGUUUGGGUUUACUGUUAAGGAGGCUGCUACUGGAUAUCCUACACUACACUGUGUUUUGUUUAGGCCGGACAGACUACAGAGGACAUUUGUAGAGAACGUAUUUUUGUAAAGCGUAGGAGCUUUGAAUUUUCUGGGUAUUUUGUCAAAAACUGAAAUAAAGAGGACUACAUUAUAUGAAA